AUGGGUAUGGAUCUAUUCAAUGAUGACCUGUCCAUGGGUAUGGAUCUUUUCAAUGAUGACCUGUCCAUGGGUAUGGAUCUUUUUGAUGAUGACCUGUCCAUGGGUAUGGAUCUUUUCAAUGAUGACCUGUCCAUGGGUAUGGAUCUUUUCGAUGAUGACCUGUCCAUGGGUAUGGAUCUUUUCGAUGAUGACCUGUCCAUGGGUAUGGAUCUUUUCAAUGAUGACCUGUCCAUGGGUAUGGAUCUAUUCAAUGAUGACCUGUCCAUGGGUAUGGAUCUUUUCAAUGAUGACCUGUCCAUGGGUAUGGAUCUUUUCAAUGAUGACCUGUCCAUGGGUAUGGAUCUUUUCAAUGAUGACCUGUCCAUGGGUAUGGAUCUUUUCAAUGAUGACCUGUCCAUGGGUAUGGAUCUUUUCGAUGAUGACCUGUCCAUGGGUAUGGAUCUUUUCGAUGAUGACCUGUCCAUGGGUAUGGAUCUUUUCAAUGAUGACCUAUCCAUGGGUAUGGAUCUUUUCAAUGAUGACCUGCCCAUGGGUAUGGAUCUUUUCACAUGA